AUGAUCAGUAUCGGAGUCCCGUUUGAACUUUCCUCUCCGCGGUUAUGGGUUUCAAGACAGCGACCAAGUUAUACGACACUUUGUGGUUCAAAACCCAAACCACACAUUUCUAGGACUGGUUCUCCAUUCUCAGUUGAAAUCGAAGACGAACCAAAUCAGCUGCAUAUGAGUCAUCUGGGUUCUCAGCCAUACUUCGAUCACAAAAAGUUGUCUUCCCGUUGGACGAAGAAAGAAUCUGGACAAUCAGGCUUGGAGUCGGUGCAUGUGGAUCGUUUUUUAUGUGAUUCCGAUUCCACUCCACGGCAUCUUGCAUUCCGAAUAGUGCAGUCGAUCGACGAAGAGUCUGCAAUUCACCAGUUGGAAGCGGCAAUGUACGAGGUUGUUGCGAGUACGUCCGAACACCUUCAACCGCUAAUGCGUAAUCACACGGAUACUGCUUCCCCUGCCUAUACGGAACCGGUAAUGACCGAUGCUCAGCUUGCAACUCUGCGACCUAGUCAAUCAUUGGAUCAACUGGGUCUCAUGUACCAGCAUCACUAUCAACGCGAGAAGGCUUUCAGGCAAUCCAGGUCACACGCAUUCCUACUCCUAAUGGCUGUGGGCAAUUUGGCCAUUGUUUAUUCCGAAUGGUUUUGCUACUUUCUGCUCAUUCUCAAUCAUAUGCGCAGUUCAACCAUCCUCUCGCUUCCAUACCCGCUUACUGUCUUCUUGUGGGGCAUGCUAUCGGUUCCUAGACCUACGAAGACGUUCUGGAUCUUUCUUAUCACAUACACCGAGGUGAUCAUUGUGAUCAAGUACAUAUUCCAAUUCAAAUUUAUUUAUUUCAACGACCCAAUGGAGAAGCCCUCCGUGUCGGCCGAGGCAUUGUGGUUGCCAAGACUGUUUGGAAUAGAUAAGAACGAUCACUACGCCCUGUUUGACUUGAUUCAGUUGAUCAGUCUGUUUUUGCAUCGGGGCUAUUUGAAAAACAACGGGCUGUGGAGAGAUCACACGGAAUUCGCGCAAGAUUUGGAACUGGUUGUUGAAGAAAAUCGUGCUGCGCAAAUGCGUCGAGCUAGUCGUCAUGCGGGAGAACGAUCCAAGAGGUCAUCCAAAACGAACCCACCCAGUCGUAUCUCCAGUGACUCUAGCAGUCAGGGCGUGUUCAAUGGAGCGAAUUCGAAUAAUCAGCUUCUGGCUACCGGUCAACCACUGUCAGGCAAUCCUCGAAUGGCCAGUGUAGGCAAAUCUUGGAAUCCGUUCGCCAAAUUACAUCGAUUCUAUUUGAAGAUGACAGAUCCGCGAUACAACAAAAAAGUGGAUGUGUAUAUCUACAUGUUCCUAUGCGAAUUUAUCUCGUUCUGGAUCAUGAUCUUCGGUUAUGUGUCUUUCGGACCUAGUACUGGAAUGGGUGAUAACGCCUUCGAAUUCAUUAAAUCCAAUCGGAUUCCACUUCCGUUUAUCUCGAUGCUCCUGGUUCAGUUCAUUUUCAUCAUUACCGAUCGCGGGCUUUUUCUUCAGAAGCAAGUGUUGGGGAAAUUCAUUUUCCAAAUCAUUCACGUUUUGUUGAUCCAUGGUUGGCUCUCGUUCAUUCUGCCCCAUAUAACACGAUCCUACCUUAUCAUUCCGUUCUUGUACGAAUUGCGCAACGUGAUGGACUGGAUGUGGACGCACAGUGCACUAUCACUGUAUCACUGGAUGGAAUUGGAAGAUAUUUAUGCCAAAAUCUUCGUCCUCAAAUGUUGGCGUCGCUCGGAAAUAGCCUAUCCCACUCCGCGUGGAGUAAAUCGUCCUGCGGGAAAGAAAGCGCUUGUCGGUGGCUUGCUGCUCCUGUUCUUUUUUCUCUGUUUCUGGGGUCCUAUGGCCCUGAGCUCAUUCAUUGGUGCCACAUUCGAUUUCAAUCCACCGGUAUUGUGCACAUUUUCCAUAUCCUUUGGCGGAUUCCCGCAAACGUUUGGAUUCCUCAGUAAUUUUGAAGCGAAGGAUGUGCGCUACAUCACUAUUGAUGGGUUUUCCGGCAAUAUAUGGGCCAUUACUCCACCUUCACAUAGAACUCUACGUGCCAAGUUGGCUGACUCGAAAUCGGAUCUAUUACUGCAUUUUCAUAUGCAGUGUCGUCGGUACGUUACUGCUUUUGCUAUUCAUGUUAUUAUCCAGUUGGUUUUUUACCUAAUCAAAGUAUGUCGCAAUUUUCAAUGUUUACCCAAUAGUCGGAAUGUAUUGGGUGUCGUCGGUUGA